AUGACCGUUCGAUAUCACAGCGAUUUAUCGUCGGCCAGUUUUCUUGGGUCGACAUUAAUGAUUCUGAGAUGGAAAGGAAGUUUAUGGAAAGCAGUUUAUCAAGAACUAAUUGUGUGGCUAAUUAUUUAUGCAAUUUUAUCCUGUACCUAUGCUUUUUGGCUUAAUGAUCAUCAAAAAAAGUUACCAUUUCUAACUUUUGAACAAGUGGUCAACUUUUGCAACAGAUACGGUGAACUUAUUCCACUAACAUUUAUGUUGGGUUUUUAUGUCACUCUGGUUGUUGAAAGAUGGUGGGGUUGUAUUACACGUCUGGGUUUAAUUGACAAUGUAGCAGUGUUAAUUGCAAAUCGGAUACGUGGUGAAAGUGAACGAGCCGCAUUGAUUCGUUGUUCAAUUCUUCGUUAUCUGACGCUGAUUCAAGUGAUGAUCUAUCGAGCAAUUAGUACAACUGCUAGACGUAAAUUUCCAACACUGGAAAGUUUGGUUGAAGCCGAAGUUGAAUCUAACCAAGUUAAAGGGUAUUUGGAAAAAAAUGAACUGGCACGAUUUCGAGAAAAUAAUUUUUGGAUAUGCAUACAAUGGGCAAUGUCAUUGGCUCGUACAGCACGAGAUGAGAAUAUUAUUCAAAAUGAUUUUGCACUCGAAGAUAUCUUUAAGGUUUUUCUACUGAAUUGGUUAAAUUUUAAUAAUGUCUAA